AUGGUGGGAGUAAGCGGAGGAAGAAACUUGGAGGAAACCCCAACAUGGGCCGUCGCUCUUGUUUGCUUUGUCUUGAUCCUGAUAUCCAUCAUCAUCGAACACAUCCUCCAUCUCAUCGGAAAGUGGUUGAAGAAGAAGCACAAGAGCGACCUGUACGAGUCGCUGGAAAAGAUUAAAUCAGAGCUUAUGUUGCUGGGAUUCAUAUCGUUGUUGCUAACGGUAGGACAAGAUCCAAUAUCAAGAAUAUGCGUAUCAGAACAAGUUGCAGGGACGUGGCACCCUUGCAGUAAGAGAGAAGAAGUGAUGAUGCAUGAAGUUGGCCGGACCGGCGCUGUCAAUCCCCGACGUGUUUUAGCCGCCGGAGGAAGUGACAAAUGCACAGCCCAGGGUAAAGUGCCGCUAGUGUCACCGGAGGGUAUUCAUCAGCUUCAUAUAUUUAUAUUCGUGUGGGCUGGUUUUCAUGUCCUUUGCUGCAUACUCACACUGGCUCUGGCCAGAGUGAAGAUGAGAAGUUGGAAGCGAUGGGAAGAAGAAACAAGAACAUCUGAGUACCAAUCCUCACACGAUCCUGAGAGAUUCAGAUUCGCAAGAGAAACAUCUUUUGGGAGAAGGCACCUGAGUUUCUGGACACAAACUCCAGUUCCCAUUUGGAUUGUUUGUUUUUUCAGGCAGUUUGUGAGGUCAGUUCCUAAAGUGGAUUACUUGGCCUUGAGACAUGGCUUUAUCAUGGCACAUUUGGCCCCUCAAAAUCAAGAGAAGUUCGAUUUCAGGAAAUAUAUAGGCAGAUCAUUGGAAGAGGAUUUUAAGUUCGUCGUGGGACUCAGUCCUCCAUUCUGGUUUUUCGCCGCGUUCUUUCUUCUGUUUAACACUCACGGAUGGUACUCUUACCUAUGGUUUCCAUUUAUCCCUCUGAUUAUCAUUCUAGUGGUAGGAACAAAGCUGCAGGUGAUCAUAACAAAAAUGGCUCAGGGAAUUCAACAAAAAGGAGAAGUUGUGAAGGGAGAGCCGGUGGUAGAGCCUGGAGAUGACCUCUUCUGGUUUAAGCGACCCCGCCUCAUUCUGUAUCUCAUUAAUUUUGUGCUCUUUCAGAACGCUUUCCAGCUUGCUUUCUUUGCGUGGACCGUGUGUCAAUUCGGUCUCAAGUCUUGUUUCAAUUCGCAAACGAUGGAUGUGGUGAUAAGAAUCUCGAUGGGGGUGUUUGUUCAAAUCCUGUGCAGCUACGUGACGCUUCCUCUCUACGCUCUGGUCACACAGAUGGGUUCAACCAUGAGGCCGACGAUAUUCGACGAGAAAAUAGCAAUGGCAAUAAGGAGCUGGCAUAUGAAUGCGAAGCAGCAGGUCAGACGGAACAGGGGAUCGGCGUCGGUGACUCCGUUGAUAAGCAGACCUACGAGUCCCAGCAACAGGAUACAUCAUCACCGUACCCAAGGGGAUUCCUCUUCCUCGCAGCAUAGCAGCAGUGAAGAUGGUUCUUCAUUGUAUCGACAAGACCUGGAAAUCGGUUGCUUGGGCCAUCAUGUCGGGGACUCACAAUGA